GUCAGAGCCAUUUUUGUUAAGGGCAACCAGAAUUAUAUUUUGUAAGAUAAUAGUUAUUGUUGGACUAACAAAGCACGAUAGGCAUAAAUAAUACAUAGAGGAACAGUACACGACGACGUAUGCAAGGUUAAGGUGCUUCUCAUAAGAACUGUUCAAUAUUAAGAACGGGAGGGCGCCGUAUUUCUGUUUCCUGGCAACCAAAAGACCACCCCCACCUUUUAGCUGCUGAGCAACAUGGCGGCGCCUCCAGCGGCUGCGGGUUUUCCAAACAAAAACAGAGUUGCAAUUUUAGCAGAACUAGACAAGGAAAAAAGGAAAUUACUUAUGCAAAACCAGUCGUCAACCAAUAAUCCAGGUGCCAGCAUUGCCCUUUCAAGACCUAACGUGAACAAAGAUUUACGUGACCACGCAGAGCAACAGCAUAUAGCAGCUCAACAGAAAGCUGCCUUACAACAUGCUCAUGCACAUUCAUCUGGAUAUUUCAUAACUCAAGACUCUGCUUUUGGAAACCUGAUUCUCCCAGUUAUACCACGCCUUGAAGCAGAUUAAAGAUGGAGUCCUUUCUAGAUGCUUUUCUCCGGCAACGCACUGUGAAUACUAUAUAAUGGGAAAUGCAUACUGAACUUUUAAGGGAUCCAAUGUCUGGGUGUAAAUUAUUGUUAUGGUUGUUUUUAUAUUAUAUGUAAACCUCUCUGAGAAAAGCCUUAGUAAAUGAGACGUUUGGACAGUAAUCGAGUGUCUUAUCCCAAGCAAUCAGUAAAAGGUGGCAUGGCAGUUUCUUUAAGUAGAUUCUGGGAUGCUUGGCAACAUUAGUUCCUUUUUCACUAUCCUGCCUGACUCAAUUGCUUCCUAAACCUAAAACCAGGAAAGCCAUAAUCUUCCAGUAUUUAGCCACAUAGACCUUACAAAAGUUGAUGACCCCCACUGAAAUAGCUAGAAGCAUCUCCACAUCAAAUCUGGGCCUGCUUUACUUUGUUAAAAUGGUAAGCACCUGGUACUUCCAAUGAGAUGUACCUGUUUACUUCGUGCAGUGUAAUUUCCCUAAGUGUAUGCCUGCGUCCUGUAUUAAAGGUUUACAUUUUCUGUCAUAA